AUGGAAAUGAAUGAUUCGCAGUGUAUGGAGGAAGGAUUGGCAAUGGACGAUGAGCAUGUGUAUGCGAAUGUACAGGAGAUGGAGGAGGAAAGUCGGCGCCGUGAGCAGCCACCCAUUCCGGAACCCAUGCAGCAGCCCGUUCGUGAUGUCGGUGGCGGAUGGCCGUAUUUCUAUAAUCCGGAAACAUUGGAUUGCCAGUGGAAGCCACCACGUUUCCUGAAGCCACCUUCGGAUGUCGCUGCUGCUCUGAAUGGCCUGAACAGCCAUCAUCAUCAUCGGCAUAAACCGAUCUAUACUGGCAAUGAACCGCUCAGCGGUGAUUCUAUAUCAGCAUCAUGCUCCGAAUCGUUUUCAACAAUCUCAGCGGUUUGUUUUGUGAGUAUUCUUUUUUAA